AUGGCCGCCGCCAGGCCGGCCUCCGCCGCUCUCCAGCGCCGGCGCUCCCGGGCCGCGGAGCCGCGCGCCGGGCAGCCUGCGGCGCCCCCUGGCGGCCGGCGGGGCAGAGGCCGGGAGGGAAAAAGGGAGCGAGCGGGGUGCGGCCAGGCCCCGCGCCCUAAGGAGCGGCGCGGCUGCGAGGGGCGCCCGGGGACGUGGAGGCGUGCGGAGAGUGCCCCCUCGCGGUCAGCGGCGGGUGGCGACCUGAGCGAUACCGAGGACUCGAGACGGAGUCGCAUCCCUGGCCGUGCCCCGGGACCUGCAGCUGCACCCGAGUCAGAAGACCUAGUCCGCGUACCUAGUACUGGAGCCCAAAGAAUGAUGACAUCUGAGGUCCAAGUCCAAGAAGAGACAAAAAUUCUGAAACUGACAACAACAAUGGCUGAUAAAGAAAAUAUCCAAAUACCUACACAGAGCAAAAAUAAUACAACAGUGGUAAAAAAUUAUAUUCUUUUAAAACCUUCUAAUGAAUUAAUCGAUUCAACUACGGAAAUUGAAACACAUGAUUUUCAGGAUGGCACUCAGACUCUGCAGUUAUCAAUUAAAGAUGAUCCCCCAAAUCAAAAUAUGACAUUAAGCCAGGCAUUUCACCUUAAAAACAAUACUAAAAAGAAACCAAUGCCUGCAGAAAAACCAAACCAAGCUGCUAACAUGCCCAAGAAACCUGUGCUUGGGUCUUAUCGUGGCCAAAUUGUUCAAUCUAAGGUUAAUUCAUUUAGAAAGCCUCUACAAGUCAAAAAUGAGAGUUCUGCAACAACAAAGCAACUUUCAACUACUGUUUCCAAAGCCACAAAGCCUGAACUUGUAAACACCACCAACAUAACAGUGAGAAGUAAUAAAGCCUCAAAUAUAACUGCUACUACUAAAUUUGAAAGCACUAAAUUUGUGAACACUAAACCUCGGAACACACAACUUGUGAGACCUCCUAUUAGAAGUCACCACAGUAACACCCAGGACACCAUGAAACAAGGCAUCAACCAAACCUCUGCCAGUGUUAAAAUCCGGAAAGGGCCUCAAGAAAAAGAACCCAAAACGAUUGUAUCUAAUGUCAAAACCAGUUCUUCUCAGGACAUAAAAAGAAAUAGGGUGUUAUCAAGAAGCAUAGCAUCUGAAAUUGUAGCCAAGCCUGCUUCAUCUUCUAAUACCAAACUGACAGAGAAGUCAAAAACCAUUGACCAACGAAGACAAACUAUAGCAAAAGCAACUGUUGAUAGAUCAGCUCGGCCCAAAGAAACUGCGGAAGAGAGAAAAGCUCGUCUGAGUGAGUGGAAAAUUGGCAAAGGAAAAGUAUUGAAAAGGCCCCCUAACCCUGUAGUUACCCAGCCCACGUCUGAAGGACAAAAUGAAAAACCAGUUGGGUCCUUUUGGACUACCAUGGCAGAAGAAGAUGAACAAAGAUUAUUUACUGAAAAAGUAAACAAGACGAUUUCUGAAUGCCUAAACCUGAUUAAUAAGGGGUACCCAAAAGAAGAAAUAUUGGUUACACUGAAUGACCUAGUUAAAAAUAUUCCAGAUGCCAAAAAACUUGUAAAAUAUUGGAUAUGUCUUGUACGUAUUGAACCAAUCACAAGUCCUAUUGAAAAUAUUAUCUCAAUCUAUGAGGAAGCCAUUCUGGCAGGGGCUCAGCCUAUUGAAGAGAUGCGACAUGUCCUUGUGGAUAUUCUAACAAUGAAGAGUCAAGAAAAAGUUAAUUUGGGAGAAAAUAUUGAGGCUUUUGCAUCCAAAGAACAAGUUCAAGAAGUCAACACUGAAGAUACGGGUGUUAAUUUAGAGCUAGAAAAACCAGAAAUGGAGAAUAAACUUCAUAGAAAUGUGGUAUUUAAAGAUUAUGAAAAAGAACAAGAUGACAAAAUGAAAGCUCUGACCAAUGAUGUUAAAACCCCUGAUACAGAAACUAUAGCAAGUUGCUUAAUUAAAUAUAAUGUAUCUACUACACCAUACUUGCAAAGUAUAAAAAAGAAGAUGCAAUUUGAUGAGUCAAGUUCUGCAUUUAAGGAGCUGAAGUUUCUAACACCAGUGAGACGUUCUCGACGUCUUCAAGAGAAGACUUCUAAAUUACCAGAUAUGUUAAAAGACCAUUAUCCUUGUGUGUCUUCACUGGAACAGUUAUCAGAGCUAGGAGGCAAAACUGAUGCUUUUGUAUGCCGCCCUAAUGCAGCACUGUGCUCUCUGUACUUUGAUACAGAAGAGAAAUAAGGCUGCAAUGAGGAAUGAGGGUUCUGUGUGGCUUUCCAUUUCCCUUAGGUCUAUAGUUGGCUAAGUAUCAUAAGUAUUCAUGGCAAUGAACUUCUCUUAUGGGAGUUGUCCUUCUGUGCUUCCUGCCUUCUCAAUCACAACAAAUUGAGUUUUUCUUUAACAUAGGUAAAUUUAGUCAGUUUAUUGAUUUUAAAUAUAAAUAGGGUUUGUCAUAAUGGUAGCUUGUUCACUUUGCUAAAUAUAAGUACAGUAAUGAUGCAUCAUCAGGAAAUUAGGUGUUCUAGAUAAAAGUAUAUUUUUAAUGUUGACAUGUUUUAAAACUUUAUGAUGUACCUCCCUGCCUUUAAACAUAAUAUUGACAAUAUUUUUGCCUUUAUUUAAGUAGUAUGAAAGUAAAAUAUUGGGACUGGGAAUAGAGCUCAAUGGUAUAGUGUGUGCUUAGAAUGCCUGAAGCCCCUGAGUUCAAUCCAUAGCACCAAAAAAAAAAAAAAAAAAAAAAGUCCCAAUCUUUUAUAGCUGGAUUAUAUUUAAAUUUUAACCUCCAUAGCUUCAUUUGAGAGUUUAUAAAUUAUAUUAGAAUGGAGUUCAGGAAGGAAUGUAUAUUUAAGAAGUGUCAUUCCAAUGUAGGUAGCAUUUCUGAAAUA